UAGGAUCACUACCCAACAGAUCAUGUGCUGAUGGUCGCUGUGUUCUAAUAAUAUUCAUCGCGACUCAUCCAUGUAUGUUGCGUGAAUCAGGCCCUGGAAAAUAACGUUCCCAUUAGCCCACUUUACACAUUGUUUUCUUUCUGUAUUGGAUAUGGCACCUAGAAGUCUGUACUGCAUACGUUCUGGUCGCGGCAACUUUCACUUCUUCAUUCGAGAGAACGUACGGAACGUGUACAUUUGGCGACUAGGUGUUUCAGUUUGAAGGUGUUUAAAGCUUGAGGGUGUUUCAGUUUGAAGAUGUUUAAAGCUUGAGGGUGUUUCAGUUUGAAGGUGUUUCAGUUUGAAGGUGUUUAAGCUUAAAAGAGAUUUUGGUAGAUCAAGUUUGUGCUGUUCACGUGUUACGAAAGGUGAUAGGAAUUAUCAGACAUCCGUUGGAUCUCUUUCGUUCAGCUCUAACAGUUUGGUGCAUGCUUUGUUUCGUGUGUGGUGCCUGUGUGGGCUCUGAGGAUUCUGUAGAAACGGAUGCCUCUAGUUUGAGUUCCGGCGUCUCAUCUCUGGGAUUCCCCGGACACGAUGUGAGUAGACUUGAGAAGUGUGGACUAAAUGACGUUGUCUCUUGGCUCACUUCAUGCAUCGGUCGCUCAUUCAGCAUGACCAACGUGAGCAGAUUGCACCUCGGGGCUCUGUUGUGUACGUUCGAUGUUUGAGCCAGGAUGUGAGGCUUGUAGAUAGUGACAGGGAUCAACAAGCCAAGGAGGCAGGCCAUUUGAUCUACAGCAGUAUACGCAGUGACACUGAUAGCAGUGUUGUAACAUUACCAACCAAUAGCCAUCCAGCCAGAAUGCCUCCUCCUGUACCAGAGGUCAGAUCAGAGAGAUACUCACUGGGUCAAGGCCGGAUGUCAACUGUCAGGAGGACCUUCUGCCUUUUUGUGUUGUUUGACCUGAUACUGACCUUUAUAUUGUGGGUCAUUUAUACACAGCUGAUUGGACUGGAUGGCUACAAGGCCUUUGAUGAUCAAGUAUUACAUUAUGAUUUUAAGUUCUCCCUUUUUGACUCAGUGAUGUUGGCUGUGUAUAGAUUUACUCUCUUGUUAUUGGCCUAUGCUUUAUUUAAGCUACAGCAUUGGUGGGUGAUAGCUAUAACUACAGCCACCACGUGUGCAGUACUAAUAGCCAAAAUUUUUGUAUUUGAUUUUCAAGGUUCUAAAACCAACAAUAAUCCUUUGAGCUAUUGCCUGAUUAUAAUUUCUUUUGUUCUGGCUUGGGCUGAAACAUGGUUUUUGGACUUUAAAGUCCUCCCUCAAGAACAGAAGGCUUUAGAUAGGCUUCGUCUAUCAAGUGCACCAAACUAUGGAUCUAUUUAUAUUCCUGUCCAAGCAAGUGGUCUCCGUCCUGAUGACAUGCAAUCUCUCAUCACUGAAGACAACCAGUUCUACUCACCUGUUGAAUCACCUGCAGAUUCUGAUGCUGAGGAAGAGCCACAGGGAGUGACCAAAGGGGACAGGACUUCUGAGUACCUGAGUGCCCAGUCUUCCAAACAACCAACCAGACAGGCAAGCGCUGUGUCCAUAAACUCUCAAACUAUUGAGGAGAGUGAGUACAUGAAGCUAGCCAAACAUUCCUGGGAGGUGCUGUGGACUUAUCUGAACAGCCCAGAGUCAGACUGGACAGUAGAGACUGGUGUUGAUGAGAUGACAGGAGUUGUACACAGCAAGAGGGUGAAAGGAGUGGGCAAAGUGUUUAGAUUGAAGGGUAUUGUAGACCUGCCAUUCAAACAGUUAUACGAGGAGUUGACAUUCAAACCAGAGCAACAGCCAAGGUGGAACAAAGCUCUUAAAGAAAGUAGGGUCCUUCAAGUUGUGGAUGACCACACAGAUGUACUGUACAAUAUUGCUGCAGAGAUUGCAGGCGGAGUCAUCACCAGCAGGGAUUUUGUCAGUUUGAGGUCGUGGGGUCAGCGUGAUGGUAUCUAUCUAGGUGCUGGCAUGGCAGUCACCCAUCCAGACAUGCCGCCUCAAAAGAGCUAUGUUAGGGGUACAAAUGGAGUUGGUGGCUGGGUAUAUAAAAGUUACCAAGGAGACCCCAAGAAAACAUUAUUUUUCUGGUUUAUGAACACAGAUAUAAAAGGCUGGUUUCCUCAAGCAUUGAUUGAUGCCAACAUGGCCAAAGUGUUAAUGGAUUUCUUAAAUGACCUGCGAGCCCAUGUGAAAGAUAUGUCACCAAGCUCCUAGCCGUCAGCCUGUGUGUGUGUGUGUGAUAGCUAUUUUAAAAUUAUUCAACUAUUUAUUUGAAGGACUUGUUGACUGACUCUGUGAUGUUCUUUGACACUUCUUCCCUUAAGGGAAAUAACUGCACAUCUUCAGCAUCAGAACUAAGGGUUGGUACUGAAAACUUGGCUGUAAUACAAAAACUGUAAAGUGCUCAACUAAAAAAAAUAUUUUCCUGAGAUAGAUUUUCAUCAAUAACACAUAUGAAGGCAGCACUUUUUUUUUUCAGGGGCUUUCAAUAAAAUGAGGUAAUUAGUAGGAACUCUUCUGAGCAAUGAAUUGUUUUUCCACACUUCUAUAAUGUGGUUGCUUAGCUACCCUUUAGUAUAUCCAAAAUAUCAUUCUUAUAUGUGAUAGGACACAUUAAUUAUGUUACAGUACAUUUCUAAGACAUCUUUCACAAAGGUUAUUAUUUUUUUCUCGUUAUUUAACUUCAUCUGUAGCUCUCUAAGCAAGCUUUUCUUAUGGGAUCAACCAUUCUUUUAUUGAGAUGUUUCUCUGUGGUAAAUACAUAUCUCUCUUUUUUAGGGUCCUGCACCAAAGGGUUAAUUUAGUUUCCCAUACAUGGUUGUGUACUAAUUGCAAUUAGUAAACCAAUAAUUAUUCAUCUAAUGAAUACUUUGCCCACAAUUUCUAUGCCGAAUACUUUUUCUUUUAAGGAAACAUAGACUGUUUUUAUUUGGAGCAUAUGUUGACAUUUUAUUGCUUAAUUAGAACAAUAUUAAAGAUAUAUGUACCCUAUACUUAAGGUUAUAGCUACUGGAUACAUUAUUUGCUCAUUAAAAUAUGAUGUUAACAUCACAGCACAUCAAACAGAAUGAGCCUAAUCCUUAUAAGGAGAGUUUCUUUUAGAUUUAUUUGCGUUUUUUUCUGUAUUGUUUUUGAGCAUCUACAAAAUAAAAUGCAGUUAUUUACCAUAUAAUUAUUUAUGUUUAUCAUCAGGUCCUUAGUUAGACUAAGUGUCCGCCAGCAUAAGUUCCAUCUUCACUGUG